CUAAGCUUUUUUAUUCUCCUUGCUGUCCUCUUCCUUUUCGUCGGUCUUCCUUCUCUUCUUCUUGUUCUUUUUCUUUCUUCUCCAGCAGCAUUCUGCGGAGUUCCUCCUGCACCGGUUCCUGUCGGCCUCCCUUGUUCUCCCAUCUCUCUUACGACCUCGCCAGUCCGCUCGUGUGCGACCGUCCAUCAUGGCUGCUAAAUCCCAAUUGCCGACCGUCAACACGCCUGUGUCCGCGGAGCCUUCCAAGGCCGCCAUGCACCCGGCUUUCUACAUCGCUACCUGGAUUGCUCUCAGUUCCGGUGUGAUCAUCUUCAACAAGUGGAUUCUCCAUACCGCUGGAUUCAAUUUCCCCAUCUUCCUGACCACAUGGCAUCUCGUUUUCGCUACCAUCAUGACCCGCCUCAUGGCGCGGUUCACUACUUUGCUCGACUCCCGUCACCAGGUGCCCAUGACCUCUCGCGUAUACAUGCGUGCCAUUGUCCCCAUUGGCGCAUUCUUCUCUCUCAGUCUGAUCUGCGGCAACCUCGCCUAUCUCUACCUCAGUGUGUCCUUUAUCCAGAUGCUCAAGGCCACCAACUCUGUGGCUACACUGCUUGCUACCUGGGCCAUGGGCAUUGCGCCGGUGAAGCUCAGCCUGCUCGGAAACAUUUCUUUCAUCGUCCUCGGUGUUAUCAUCGCCUCCAUUGGUGAAAUCAAGUUCACCAUGAUCGGUUUCAUCUGCCAGUUCUUUGCGACCAUCUUCGAGUCCGUCCGUCUGGUCAUGGUUCAGCGCCUGCUCAGCUCUGCCGAAUUCAAGAUGGACCCCCUGGUUUCCCUCUACUACUUCGCACCUGCUUGCGCCGUCAUGAACGCCGUCGUCACUGCGGUUGUCGAGCUCCCCUCGCUGCACAUGUCGGACAUCUACCAACUCGGCAUGGGUACUCUGUUCCUUAACGCCGCCGUUGCUUUUGGACUCAAUGUUGCUGUCGUCUUCCUGAUUGGCAAAACCUCCGCCCUCGUCCUUACUCUGUCCGGAGUCCUCAAGGACAUCCUCCUUGUCGUUGCCUCGAUGGUCAUCUUCCGCGAUCCCGUUACUCCUCUCCAGGCCUUCGGAUACGCCAUUGCUCUUGGUGGUUUGGUGUACUACAAGCUUGGAAAGGACGGUGUCAACAACCUUCUGGCCCAGGUGCGGUACCAGCUGCUUGGUGGCCCCCGCCCCGAGAACUAGAGUCGACUGUACAUAGGAUUUGUGGGGAGUGGUAGUUGGUUGGCAGAUAUAGAACAACGUACAUAGAAUCGGGCAGGGCCCCAAUUGUAUCUUUAUUAUAUGAGGUGUAACUGCGAGACGUGAGUGAGCAUACUCCGUGGUCAGUGGGAGAUGCCAGCAUCUCUAGCCUAAUCACUUCGCUAUGUGCAUGCAUCAUCUUUCCCGGAUUCAAAAAAUAAAUGGCAA